CUCCAUAACUUCUUUAUUUCGAAGCCUUAUACAAUGGGGUUGUAUGGAGUUACGUUUUUGGGACUGUACGGUGUGCUUGGAUGGAGAAUGGUUGUGGGAGGUACAGAUGCGUUCUUUUGUUAUUUGUUUGUGCAUUGUUAUGCAAUUACUACAAACCUAAUCUUCAUAAUUCUCCGCACUCCUAUAAACUUCUACCAAGACCUUGAAGUAGAAGUAGAUGUAAGCGAAGACUACACGGUUGGGACAAGCAAGACUACCACUUUGCACAUCAUGUGCUGAUUCUUAUUUGGACCUCUGGGUUUCUUAUGCAAAUGUGGAAUUGAAGAAAGCAGACAGCAAUAUGAUGGGUCAGUGAGACUAUGUUACCAUAUCUCUAUUGUCACCUUGCUUUCUAUAACCUUGUGGACAUUGUUUAUUGUUCUUCCGAUCAUUUAUGACGAGCAGCAAGAUUUAGGAUUUGUGAUAGGGUUUACAGUAAUGAUUUAUUUUGAGAUGUAUUGAUUUUUAGUAUAUUAUCAAACUCGAACUCAUCCUGUUAAAAUGCAAUGAUUACCAUAUCUUCAUCCAAUGACUCUGAUUAUUGUUGUAAUGGUAAUGUCAUUCUUGUUCACAGUCCUGAUAUCCCUCCUACUAAUAUCCCUCUGCAUCAGACUAUGCUCCCUACCAUCAGCCUGCUGUAAAGCUCUCCUCGAAGCUAUCCAAAGAAGAAAAGAAGCAGAUACUGAAAAGAAAGAAGGAAGAAGCCAGGCUUACGAAGAAAAUAGUAGAAUGCCCAUGGCGCCUGAAGAAUUGGAGCAAGAAUGUGCAAUAUGUUUAGAAAAAGUCACUGAUCCAGAUACUACACAAACCACAACUUGCGGCCACACAUUCCACCAACCCUGCAUUAACUUAUGGCUAUCCUCUCACCCUGGUUGCCCUAUCUGAUGCAAACCUCUCAAAAAACCCUCUAAUCCUGCCUAAAAUCCUUGCAAAUCUAUGCUUC